UGUAUAUUUAUUUAAAAAAAUAUGAAUUGUGCAAAUGUUUGUCAAGUGUUUUGCCAACAGUAUUGGUGUUCUAGGUGUAAUUAUGGAAGUUUGGAUGACGAAUUUAAAAAAAUUGACGAUCCUAAAUGCAUUGCAUCAACUAGACAGUUAGAAUACUUGUUAGGGGAUACCUGUCAUGAAAAAGACUGUAAUGCACAAAUUGUUAACAUAGAGAGCUUUUAUAUAGGAUAUACUAUCAAGUUAACUUGGAAAUGUCUAAAAGGUCACAAAGACUUUUGGUAUUCAUCUCCCAUAUAUGGUUCAGGGUUCGUUAUUAAUUAUAUUGUCGAAAGUGCUUUAGUAUUGUCAGGUGGUCAAAUAAAUCAAUUUUCAAGAUUUUGCAAAUUCGUCCAACUUGGAAAACCUAAUAUUUCAACCUUUUAUAAAAAUCAAAAAUUAUAUGUAAGUCCAGCAGUGCAACAGACUUAUGAUGAUAUAGAACAUGACAUUAUUGAAAGCAUGUCCCAUCAAGACGAAGUUAUCAUUUGUGGUAACUGCCAGCUAGAUUCCCCUGGUUGGUCUGCUACCAAGGGUACCUAUACCUUCAUGGAUCAUCAAUCUAAAAAAUUAGUUAUGAUGCAAUUUGGUGACAAAAGAGAGGUCAAUCUUCAGUCCACGAAGUUAGAAGUACACUUAUUUAUGAAAGGUAUGAAAUACUUAAUCAGCAAAAAGGAUCUCAGAAUUGAUGAAAUAUGCACUGAUGCUCAUGCAACUAUAAAGUGCUUGAUGAAAAAAGAACCAAUAUUGAAAGCAACACAUCACAGUUUAGAUGUAUGGCAUAAGGCAGGAAAAAUAACAAAAAAAAUCUCUCAGGAGGUCUCCAAGAAAAAACAACUGCAGCCACUUAUUAAUCCUUGGUUGGCACCCAUAAGGAAUCACUUUUGGUAUUGUUGCUCACACUGUGAAGAGGAUGAAUUAAAAAUGCGAGUUCUUUGGAUGCGUUUACUUAAGCAUAUAACUGGUGACCAUUUACAAUGCGAACACGAACCUAUGGAAGAACCUACUGAAGGAAAAACUUGGUUAGAUCCAACAGGACCAUCUAUGGAAAUUAUUCGAAAGCAUGUCAUGAAAAGUUCUUGGCUAAAAAGCUUUGCAUAUUACACCAAAAAUCGACACACAGGUCUUUUAGAGGCAUUUCAUAACUUAGUGUUAGCCUACUGUCCAAAGCGCAUUGGGUACAAAAAUGAUGCUUACAUCACCAGACAUCAAUUAGCAUAUUUGGACUUUAACGGUCAUUUAAAUCGAGGACAGCUUCAAAAAAAAGAUGGUUCACUUGUUUAUGUCCGCAGAUAUGGAAAGAGGACAAAGCAAUGGUUUUUAGUAGCAGUACCUAAACCAAAGGACUAUAUCUAUAUACGAAGACUCAUGGCAGAAAUACUAUGGAGACGUCAUGUUGACAGGGGAAAUGUUAAUCGCGUAGGGAUUGGACGAGAAUGUACUAAAGCAUUACGUCAAAAUAUUGCUGCAACAACUGCUCCUCCCAUGGAAUUAUUACUUGAAAAACAUCAAGCAAGAGAAGAAAUGAAACUCCAAUAACUCUUAUCUGUUGGUAUUAUACACAGAAAUGUGCUGGUACUUACUAUUUCGUUUUUAUUUUUACAUUUUGUUAUGUCACAAGCACAAAACUGAUCAUCACAAUUGCUGCCAUUAUUUCUGCAAGGACAUCGGAUACAACGACCUUUGCACUUACAGGAAAUAUUUUCCACUGCAUCCUAUAUAUAUAUAUAUUGAAAAUGUUACUACAUUAGUCUUAUAAUUUAAGUUUUUUAUUGCAAGCUAUAAUGUAUAUACUGACUUCUGGUUCUGUUGAUCCAUUACUAGUUGUAUCAUUGUAACUAU